GCCCUGAGUUACGGAUAGGAUCAUGUCCGAGAAACCGACCCAUAAAGUUCAUCCAGCGCCAGUUUGGCUCACCACGGAAUAUGUGCAGGAUAAGUUGCGCACAUACUACAAGGAUAACACCCUGAAGCUGGAGAAGUUGCACACAAAGCCAGCCGUCGCCAAUGGAGGAAACUACGGCAGCGUGAUGACCCGCAUCAAUGUGGAGUACACGACCAAGGCAUCGAAAGGCAAACAGGACACCACGUUCCUAGUCAAGACCACAUUCGCUGACCGGGAUCCAGCCGGCGAUGUGCUCAUCCACUAUGGUGUCUACACGCGUGAGAUGGACAUAUACGAGCACAUCCUGCCCCAACUGUCGGAUAUGGUGAGGAAGGAGCUCAAGGACCCCAGGAAGCUCUUUGCGGCCACCAUGAAUGUGGACCGCGAGCGGGACUCGAUUAUCUUCGAGGACAUGUCGCUGGAUCAGUACAAGGUGGCCUGCCGCCGGAAGAAGCUGGAUCUGGAGCACACCCACCUGGUGCUGGAGAAACUGGCCCUCUUUCAUGCAGCUUCAUCGGUCCUCGCCGAGCGACAGCCGGGAAUCUUCGCCAAGAACUAUGAUCGUGGCUUCUUCAACAAACACACCCGGGCAUAUGGACCGAUCAUGACCAAUCUUCUCGAGGCUCUGUCCCGCUCCCUUACCUCGGACAAGCAGUUGGGUCCGCGGUACAAGGCCAAGAUCGAUAGGCUUGUGGAACGUUUGAUGGACUAUGGCGAAAGAUCGACGACAAAUAAUCCCGGCGACUUUUUGACACUAGCCCAUGGAGAUCUUUGGACAACCAACUUUAUGUUCCAGUACGAUGCAAAGGAUCAUCCCACCAAUGCAAUUUUUAUCGACUUUCAGUUCAGCGUGUGGAACUCGCCGGCCAUCGAUCUGCAUUACUUCUUCUCCACGUCGUUGCAGGAUAAUCUUCGCCUGGAACAUCAAACGGAAUUGGUUCAGUUCUAUUACUAUAAGCUGGUGGAGGCACUGAGGAAGUUUAAGUUUGCUGGUCGGAUACCCAGUUUGUUCGACUUCCAACUGCAGUUCCGCUCUAGAGGUUUCUAUGCCAUCUUUUGCUCCCUGAUUUUUGAGCCAGUCAUGCAGUACGAGGGCAAGGAGGAUGCUUCUAUUGAGCAGGCUCUAUCCAGCUCCGAGAGUGGAAUGCGAUUCAAGAACUCCGUUUAUGAACCGGAAAACAUAAAAAAGAAACUGAGUGUCACACUGCCGUUUCUGGAUCAGUUUGGUUUGCUGGAUGAGAUGUGACGACAAUCUGGACGACAUGUAAAUAGUUAAAAUAAACAAAUUGUUAAGUUCUAGUAGGUAUUGGCCCAACUACGUCGUUGCUUACAAUUUCCUGGGAAAAACACAUAUCAACACUCUUAAUUGCAGUUGAUGUAUUUCAUUCGGCCAUAACUGACCUUUUUAUAUGAAAUACAGUGUUCAUGACUGAUAAUAA